UCCAGGUCUUAUAGAACUCAAUGGCUGCCACGCUGAUGCGUGGCAGCAAUAAUUUUUAGCAGUAGCCAAGAUGCACGUUUUAGACCUGAAGUCCUGGUGUGGUAUAAAAUGAAGAAGUCAAUUCUUGAAGUCAAUCCUGGUGUGGUAUAAAAUGAAGAAGUCAAUUCCUGAAGUCAAUCCUGGUGUGGUAUAAAAUGAAGAAGUCAAUUCUUGUGUACAUCUAUAAAAUGUUGAAUAACAUUUUCACGAUUAUUGAAAUGGUUCGAGCAUUUUAGUUCCAAGGAUAUAAUAAAUAAAGCUUACACUGGCACCAACACCAGUCACCACUCACGUCAUACAACAUACAAGAAUAUUUUAAAGUUUAUAAGAAAAUGAAAACAAUGCGAUGCUCAGUGUUCCGAUUUCGGUUUGCGCAAAUAAGACGUUAUGGUCAGGUGUUCUGGCAUUAAUUAUUUAGUCAAAUGUUUACGUAAUACGUAUCCUCUGUGUUGUUGUCGCGUUUUCGUGUGUUUGGGAAAAUUAUACGAACUUUGCAAUAGUUUCAUGAUGGCAAGCGGAUUUGGUAGCUAUGCACCUCAACCUUAUUUUUCAUCUCCACCAAAUAACGGAGAAAACGAAGGCUUGAAUGAAAACAACCAUUCUGACUAUGACUCGGCCGGAGCAUUCACGGAUAAAUCAAUUCGUGCAGUUUUUAUAAGAAAGCUUUAUUCUAUUCUUAUGUGUCAACUAGUUGUCAGUGUUGCCUUUAUUGUAUUUUUCGUGUAUUGUAAACCUGUGCAUGAGUUUUUGGAGAAGAAUGUUGCGCUCUUCAUUGUUUCUUUAGUCAUGUCUUGUGUUCUCAUAUUUAUUCUUCCAUGUUGUGAAAAUCUCAGACGAAAGUAUCCUCACAACGUGAUUCUUCUAAGUCUUUUAACUCUUUGUAAAGGAUUUGCUUUGGGUAGUGCUGCCAGCCGGUAUGAUGCACAUGCUGUUUUCAUGGUUACAGGAAUAACGACAGGCGUGGUUCUGGCCAUAACAUUGUUUUCCUUCCAGACUAAGUUUGAUUUCACCAUGAAGGGAGGAACGCUCUUUGUUGUAUUCAUUGUUCUUCUUCUGUUUGGAUUUUUAACAAUCUUCUUUCACAAUAAGAUUCUAAUUCUUGUGUACGCAAGUGGUGGGGCUUUUCUCGUUUCUUUGUACUUGGUAUAUGAUACUCAGAUUAUGAUGGGUGAUGGCAAACAAUAUUCAUUGUCUCCAGAAGAAUAUAUCUUUGCUGCACUCAAUCUUUAUCUUGAUAUCAUUAAUUUGUUCCUCUUCAUUCUCAGAAUCAUUGCCGCUGCUAGAGACUAAACUAAUGAAUGCAUUCAAUUCUCUGGUAAACUUCAAUAUUUUCGAUCUUUAUUGAGUGAAAUUCUCUUGUUUUAUCUAAAGAUAAUCUGUGCAAGUGUUGUACUUUCAUGUUUUAAGAAUAUUUAAAAUAUCUAUUUGUCACAUUGCUACUUUGAUUAUACAAGCAUUCAACGAUUCUUACCAUGAAUCAAAAUGCAAAUGAAGUAAUAAGAAAUGUGAUUGGUUAACUCCUGCGUGUAGCACUGUAAUAGUCAUCUUUAGAAAUUUUCCUAUGUAUAGUUGUAGAUUUAACGUUCUGUAUAUUAUCAUGAUAUGUAUCGUAAUAAGCAGAAGCGCAUUUAAAGCGUCACUGCAUCUCGUGUACUUUUCAUUCGUUCUUUCUUAUAUAUAUUGCUGUAACUUUAGUCUUAAACAAUGAUUAAUGUUUAAAGUGAUUUCGUUCUUCAAAAUCUGUCGUAUGCUGGCACCCAUCUUCUGUAUCCCAGUAAAUAAACUAAGUCAUGGAGUGA